GAGCAUGUAAUGGCAGCUAUUGUGUGUUUUAGAGAGACAGGGUACUAGUCAUACGCUUUUAGUGUAAGGAAAUUGUUUGUUCUGCAACAUGCCGAUAUUUUAGGAGAAACGGAAAAAUGAAACAAUUGCGGAAAAAUCGACAUUUUAUCGAUUGUUAAUUGAUUAGGGAUUUUUGGAUUGACGCUGUUUAGGGUGAACCUAUACUGAAAUAUAAGCUUACAUAAUGCAAAUAAUGAUCAUGGUGUAAGAGAUUUUAAGCAUUGUAUUUUGAAUAAAUCGAAGGAAAUAAGUACGAUAAUGCGUUUGAAAAAACUGAGCGACUACCUCGCGCGGCUGUUCGAUUCGCCACCUGGCGAGCGUUCCAAGCGUGACAUCCAGGCGGUACUUCCGGUACUCACGAUGAAGACGCAGUGUCUACGAGAUCUGGACAAAGGCUCAGUGGUUGAACUACUGCAGAGUGCGCGGCUGGAGCGGAGACAACCGGACGAGUGUGUGAUCCGUCAGGGGGACGUCGGCGACACAUUUUACAUUAUCCUGAACGGAAACGUCUCAAUUUACGUCGAUCUCAAGAAGGACGAGAAGGCACUCAAGUCGCUCUCCGACGACAACCCGCAAUUCCCCCUUCCUCCUCCGGGCCGACGGUUCUCCAUGUCGACCGUAAUAUCCGAGCACGAGGGAGGCGAGGACCUGAUCACUGACCGACAGGAAGUUCCCCGUGGCCCGCGCAGCACGAGCAGUCGUCGUUCGAGGAAAGGAUCGGUGCACUUCACGCCAAAGUCGUCUGAAGGAAGGCGUCACGGGUCACAUGGACGGGAGAGACGGGGUGGUGGAGAUACGGACCGGAAGGACGAGAGGAGAGGCCGCCGAAAGUAUGGAAUGCCCGUUAACACGUUAGGCCGUUACCAGAACUUUGGCGAACUGGCGCUGUUAUACCCGAACCGUCAACGUAACGCUUCCGUCAUUGUAGAAGAACCAACGGAACUGCUUGUCAUUACGUAUGACAUAUUCCAACGGACGUUACAGACAAACUUGGAGCGUGACCUAGAUGAAAAGCGUCUGUUUAUCCAAACUCAUCCGUUCUUCUCACGCUGGACGUUCCACCUGCAGCGCCAACUACAGUGGUCCCUGGUCCGCUCCACCCACAGUAUUGGAGACAUAGUGAUCCGCCAAGGGGAUCCUGUGUCAGGGCUUACAUUCCUUGUUAGCGGACGUGCGCGGCUGGCGGCGGAACCGAUGAAGCACCGGCUGCAGUUUCCUGAACUCUUCGAGGAGCGCCGGAAGUCGCCUUUUGAACCCGCUGAGGCACCGUCGCCCCUGUUUCGGGAGGACAGUACUCUGCUUGAGCGCGCUGACAAUAUGCGGUACUCAAAAGGGCGAUUGCACAUGUUAGCCGGUAUGGAACCGCUUACGUACAUUCGGCGGACGGACGGAUAUGCAGCCGCCGAGAAAGUAGUCCAUGACAAACUAAUAGACCUUUGCAUAAUCGAAGAAGGCGAGGUACUCAGUGACUGUGAACUUCUAUUAGGGAUGAAGAAAAACAUGUUUAGUGUUAUUUGUACCAGUGCUUGUACACUAUUUCACCUUGAGUUGAAGAUAUUUGAUAGGUUAAUUUACAAGAAAAGUCCACAUACGCUGACAAUGAUAAAAUUUUUGGCUGAGAGGAAACUCACAAGGCGCUUAAGAUCCAAACAAGGUCAGCGAUUGCCAAUUCUUUCACCACUGCUACUGAGAAUUCUUGAUAUUCGCGUUGUGGAUCCAAAUGAAGAAAAGUCUGAUGAACAUAAACUUGCCUUUACUCCUUCAAAGACAGUUAUGUUACCUCGAACGCCAUUGGCUCCCAAACGACCGGAGCGAUCCAAAACGGUACUCAUUGAAUGGUUCGUGAAAGGGAAAACUCCCUUGCUGCAACCAAUCAACAGUGACGCUAUAUAUUACCGAGAAAUGAUACAAAAGCGCGCGAGAUUUAGAGAUAGCGAACGAAAGCGAGGCCCACCGGAUCAAAGAGAGGCCAAGUCGCUUGGCAGGAGAAUUAAGGACUCAUACUGGUUCAAUUUAAGGGAGAAACGAAAGGCAGUCAACACGAUGAAAAGACUUAAGUUGGAACAUUCUGAGGUCACUCAAGCAUCAAGGUGGAAAUAGUUGAAUAACCCCAGAGUCCUGAUUACUGUCUAAUGACUUCUAUAUACGAUACUAUCCGUUAACUGAUUUCGAAUGUCGUGGACAUCAUUAAGGAAGUGGUUAUAGAAAUAUACAUUUGUGUAUUAACGUAUACUUGAAUUAUUUGUGCUUGUUAAUAUGCUUUUUUCUAUGUUAAAAUAUAAAUGUGUAAAUGAAGAGGUAGUUACCUUGGUAUCCAAUUCAUAGAUGUUCUAGUUGAUCAUAAGUCAAGUCAAAGCUUUUUUCUGCAUAGUUAAUUAGAAUAUUGCCGAUACACAAAGCGCAUACUAGAUGGUAUUAACGACAACAAAAUAGAGUGAAAUAUAAACUUGAAUUUAAUAUGAAAUUAUUUUUACAACAUUUUAUCAUAAGGAGAAAGUAUGAACCACAGCUAU